AUGGCUGUUCCCGAAACCCAGGCUCCGCAGCAAGCCCCCGCCGAAGCGCAGAAUGCGCCGGCGAAGCUGAGUUCUGAGCCCAAGAAGAAAUUGCUGGGCAGGGAGCUCUAUAAGAGUCUUGGGAGCCCGAAGUACAUCGUUGCGCCUAUGGUGGAUCGGUCUGAGUUUGCCUGGCGCAUGCUCACCCGAUCUUUCAUGCCGUCCGAUAGUCCGACCCCACUGCUUUCUUACUCUCCUAUGUAUCAUGCGCGAAUGUUUGGCGAAAAUGCGGGUUAUCGUGACUCGUGCUUCAGGCCUACUCGCGCGGAAAACGGCGACGAGAACAACACUCCCUACCUCGACGGAAACCCCUCGAUCGAUCGACCGCUCUUUGUGCAGUUCUGCACUAACAACCCGGAUGAGUUCCUGGAAGCGUCUAAGCACGUUGCACCAUAUUGCGAUGCGGUGGACUUGAACCUAGGGUGCCCGCAGGGGAUUGCGAGAAAGGGACAUUAUGGAGCAUUUCUGCAGGAGGACUGGGACCUGAUCUACAAAUUGAUCAACCGGUUACACAACGAGUUGCCAGUCCCAGUGACUGCCAAAUUCAGAAUUCAAGAGACGAAGGAGAAGACACUCGAAUAUGCCAAGAUGAUCCUGUCCGCGGGCGCAAGCAUCAUAACGCUGCAUGGACGCACGAUAGAGCAGAAGGGUCACAACACUGGCAUCGCAGAUUGGAGUUACAUCCGGUACCUGCGGGAUAAUUUGCCGCCAGAUACCGUUAUCUUCGCCAACGGCAACAUCUUGAGCCACGAUGAUCUGGAGCGCUGCCUUGAAGAAACGGGCGCCGAUGGCGUCAUGAGCGCUGAGUGUAAUCUGUCGGACCCAAGUGUCUUCAGUAAGCCACCUGCAGAAGGCACUCACGGACGAGAAUACUGGCGCGGUCGAGACGGGCGAGGCGGGUACCGAAUUGAUGCGGUAUUCCGUCGGUACCUCGACAUCGUCUAUAAAUAUGUUCUAGAACAGCCAGCACCAGAACGGAAGCCACUCUACCUCCCAUCUGAUCCCGAACAACCCGAACUGGAAGCCGAUACAUUCGCCGAAGAGGAAGGCGAGGGCCCACCAAAGAAGAGGCUGAAGCGGGAAAGGAACAAGAGGCCGGCCUCUCCUAGCUUAGCAGUCAUGCAAGGCCAUCUCUUCCAACUCCUGCGGCCGAUGAUCUCCGUGCACACGAAUGUCCGCAACGCACUAGCAGCCUCACGGCCCGGCGACAUGGCCUCCUUUGAACGUGUCCUGUCGCUCACCGAGAAAGCGGUCAAGGCAGGUCUAGACGAGUACGAGGAGCACCCCGAGCGUUUCGAGACACCCGCAGAUGCCGAGCUGAAGGGCUCCAAAGUGACAAUUGCGGAGUACGGGCGGCCGUUUUGGGUUUGCCAACCGCACAUUCGACCACUGCCCGAAGAAGCUAUGGAGCUCGGGGCGCUCACGGCGAAGAAGAAGGGGAAGGGCAAGGAGAACAAGCCUGCUGCAGACGAGGAGCCUUCGGACAAAGAGAAGAUCCCGGAUACGAAGGGAACUGCCACGCCCUCUGACAAGCCAGUAGAGCCGGAUUCGGCUACGGCAACGCCAGACCGCUUGGUGAGCGGGUGAACAAAGCGUAU